AUGCGACUCGACUCUGGAUUGCGACACCAAGUGCUGGCCAUUGCCCGGUCAACAGCCGUGCUAAGAUCAGUUGCGCGUCCGAAAUUACCUCGGAACGAACGACCAGACUCCGGCAAACUGGAUUUUGAAGCACGAGUUCCGAUCCCCUUCAGUGUCUUCCCGUCUGCGUAUCGGAACGCGGAAGUUAAGGAAUCUACCAGUGUCCAGGUAGAAGAACAGGAAGCACAGUUCGAGCAACAGGCUUCUCACGGACGGGAAGGUCACGAAGAGGUCCACGAAUCCUUCUCCGCUACCGUCCUCCCUCCUCCUCCGGCUCCCCAACAGCAGCAGCAGUUUGAGCAGCAACACCACGACACCCACGUCAAGGAAGAGGUCCGCAUCUACGAAGAAGAGCGCCUCCGUCGUCCCCAGCCUCCUCCCCAGCAGCAGCAGCAGUUUCAGCAGGCUCCCCAGCCCCAGCAGUUUCACGCUCAGCAGCCUCCUCAACACCGUGAGGAGCUACAUAUCCACGAGCAGACUCGCUACAGACAGCCCGGACAGCCCCAGCCCCAGCCCCAGCCUCAUUCUCAGCACGUUCAGCGUACUGACCGCGUAGAGUUUGAGCGAUCCCACGACCGGACCUACGAUAGACACUUCAAUACAGUCCACGGCCCUGCCACCGACUACGCUCCAUCCCAAAUCGACGUUACUGAACGUCAGAUUCGCGAACGUACCCGUCCCAUCGUCGCCGGUGCAAGCUACUCGAAGGAGACUUACACCACCAAGCACGACACCUUCCCCAGCAGCAAGCACGUCGAGUCUGUUGCCUCCCACCAGCCAUCUGAGGUCCGAGUAGAAUCAUCUGCUCGUUCCACUGCCGCACCCCCCAAGCACCGCAAGCGUGAUAUGGGAUAUUACGACAACGAGGGCCAAUACCACUCGCUUCGUCAAGGAAUCUCUCACGCCGCUCACAAGGUCGCCGACCGUAUCCAACACCCCAUCCACCCUCACCGUCACCACCACUCUCACGAGCACUCCUACCCCGGUGCCAAGUACGACGACGACCGUGAAGAGGUAAUCGUCAAGGAGAAGUACACUUCAGCUACUCCUUCUGUUGCCCCUGCCCGCCCCGUCCAAUCCGGAGCUCCAGUUGAAAGGGUCGUUCGCGUCCACAGCUCCCCAGCCCCAGCCCCUCCCAGGUCCACAGUCUCUGCUGCUGCACCUGCCCACUCCCACUCCAUAACCCACGCACCCGCACCCGUCUCCGCUUCUAUCGCACCUGUCCCGACUUCUGUCCGUACAGUCCGCAAGAUGGCUUCCACCAAGACUAUCACCAUCCCCUGCCACCACAUCCGCAUUGGCGAUCUCCUGAUCCUCCAGGGCCGCCCUUGCCAGGUCAUCCGCAUCACCACCUCCUCCCAGACUGGCCAGCACCGUUACCUCGGUGUUGACCUGUUCACCAAGCAGCUCCAUGAGGAGUCCUCCUUCAUCUCCAACCCGGCUCCUUCCGUCGUUGUCCAGAACAUGCUCGGACCUGUCUUCAAGCAGUACCGUGUUCUUGACAUCCGUGAGGACGGUCGCGUUGUUGCCAUGACCGAGUCUGGCGAUGUCAAGCAGGGUCUUCCCGUCCUUGACCAGAGCGGUCUCAUCUCCCGCCUGACCGAGUCCUUCGACAACGGCCGUGGCAGCGUUCGCAUCCUCGUCAUCGAUGACGAUGGUAUGGAGAUGGCUGUCGACUACAAGGUUGUCCACGGAUCCAGGUUGUAG